GAUACAGUGUAAAUAAGAGGAGCAAGCGACAACACUUUAUUUUUCUGCGUAUUCGGUCAUAAAGUGUCGACAGAAAUUCAUCGUUCAAAUUUGCACGAGACUUCAGUAAAUUCAGAAAUAUGUUUCGCCUUUUUGUGGUAGUGACGAUGCUCUUUGUGACGACCGAAGCGAAAUUGCGGAUUUCAUUGCACAAGACGGAUUCCAUUCAAUCUUUGUUAAAAGAUGGCAAUGUCACGCAAGAUAUUCCUUCGCUUAUUAAUUUUCGUUCAGCACUUUUGUCCCGUUAUAUAAGCGUAAAUUACUAUGGCAUUAUUGCCAUUGGUUUUCCGCCGCAAGAAUUUAAAGUGGCAUUUGAUACCGGUUAUUCAAAUCUUUGGAUAUUGUCCAAAAAGACCAACGAGCAUAAUAUCCCUUCUUAUUUAAAACAUAAUCUCUAUGAUGGUAUAGAAUCCGGGGAAUAUUUAACAAAUGAUACUUCGAUUUGUAUGAAUAACACCAUUUCCACUAUAGAAGGAUUAUUGUCUACUGAUAUAGUGAAUGUUGACGACUACUAUAUUAAGGAUCUAAUAUUUGCAGAAGUGAUUAACGUGUCAGACAUAAACCCAUUUCUCUUUGCACAAUAUGAUGGUAUCUUCGGUCUAGGUUAUUCCGAAAUGUUUGAUAAAAGAAUGUCUCUUAUCGAGAACAUGCUUCAGCAACAUCUAAUCUCAUCACGAACUAUUAGUUUUUAUCUAAAUAGAGAUUCUUCAGGCCAAUUAAGUGGUGGUGAAUUGAUAUUGGGUGGUUCCGAUCCGACUCGUUACAAAGGCAUAUUAAGAUUUGUUCCUGUUACUCGCAGAGGAUCCUGGCAAUUUACCAUUGAUAAGAUUAAAUUAGAUAAUAAUAACAUUCUGUGCACGGAUAAUUGUCAAGCUCUCGUUAAUAUAGGGAUUGGGGUAAUAAUUGGGCCUACAUCAGAUAUUAUAAAAAUCAAUAAAUUUAUUGGAACUAUUAAUGUUAAUGGAGAGGAAGAAGUGAACUGCAAUCGAAUUUUUGACUUACCUAUGAUUCGUUUUAUUUUGAAUGAUAUGACAUUUAAACUGACCGCUGACGAUUACAUCAUUGAGAUCCCAGAUAAAAAUGGUCGUAGUGUAUGUAUAAGUGGCUUUGUGGGACUUGACUUGCAUGAAGUUGAUUGGGUUCUAGGCAUUCCAUUUAUUCGUCGUUUCUACACCAAAUUUAAUAUGAACACUGACCAAAUAGGAUUUGCUCCGACGAAAUAAAUAUUAAUUACUUUUCGUAGCACUUUUUUAAAAUAUACAUCUUACAUAAUAAUAUGUACAUAAUGUGAAAUCAUGUAUAUAUUUGGUGAUAUAUUUUGUGGGUUUUGUACAGUUCUGGAUUAAAAAUUGGUAUUAAAUAUUAUUAUUCUUAUAUAACUAACAUAACUUUCAUAAUAAUUGUUGGCAACAAACUUAACGACAUACUUAAACGUAUUUGAAAAAUAUGCAUAUGUUUAAUUUCUUUUUCAAAAACCUACAAAAGCAUUCAUACAACAGAGAGUAAU